GUCUUUAUUAGAUUUGUGACACGAACUACGUAGUAUGGUGUUAAUACAAAUUAAUUUCGCGAGUGUAAAAAUGAAAUUCUUUGUGAUGUUUUUGUUUUUGUUUAUAAUAAAUUGUAGCGGUUUAACCGAUAGUGAAUAUAAUCGAAUGCCCCCAAUAUACCAUCUGGACAACUACGAGAGUUGCCUGCAGCGCAGCGGUGAUGUCUACUGCACCACGCACUUCUCCCUCGUCUCCGAAGCUCCGAGCGAACUGUUGGACAUCAUACACGAGUAUUCCAAGGACACAGCGACGCAUUUUAACCACAGUAAGCUGAGGUACGGGCUAUGUCUGCUGGAGAGUUGUAACAGCUAUCACACUAGAGAGGCAACCGUCACCACCCAACUGCUCGAAGCGUGUCUCAACAGAACAUUCCGUGAUCAAUACAAUUUACAAACUAGAGUUACUAAGUUCUAUUGCAACGAAUACAAUGAGACUGCCGAAAAUAACUUUAGUGAUUUUUGUAUGGGUUUGAUUCUCUUCUCUCUUGCGGGACUCGCUAUAUUUAGCACUUUCCUCGACAUAUUUCUACCAAACAUAAAACUGGAAGAGUGGUAUUGGUCAGUUCAGUUAUACUAG